UCCAGCCAGGGGAUUAGUAAAAACCAAGCCUCCCUCUAGGAAUGGCACUCGUCUGAGAGUUUCCUCCACGCAGGGCUCCCUAUGCUGCCAGGGCUCUGAGAGGAGAACAGAGGGGCUAUUGGGAUACAAAUUACAGACCUCUCAGGAUUUACCAGGCAGACCAGCCAACUGGGAAGACGGAUAUUGAGAAGGAAGAAAGAGCAAGAAGAAGAGACAUAAUGACAGAUGACCAAGACCUUUCAGAGGUGGAAAUGAGCCCGGUGGGUUCCGAAGACCAUCACUGCCUCUCACCGGGACCUUCCAUGGCAUCAGAUACCCCCUCUCAUCUCACCAGCUCCGGGAGCGGAGAGAUGGGGAAGGUCAAGAAGGAACAGCAAGACUCAGAGACGGAUGAUGAUAAGUUCCCCGUGUGCAUCCGGGAGGCAGUGAGCCAGGUGCUGAGUGGCUACGACUGGACCCUGGUGCCCAUGCCUGUGCGGGUCAAUGGGAGCAACAAAAGCAAACCCCAUGUCAAACGGCCCAUGAACGCCUUCAUGGUGUGGGCACAGGCUGCCCGCAGGAAACUGGCUGACCAGUACCCUCACCUCCACAAUGCAGAGCUCAGUAAGACCCUCGGGAAGCUCUGGAGGUUAUUGAAUGAAAGCGACAAGCGGCCCUUCAUCGAAGAGGCAGAGCGACUUAGGAUGCAGCACAAGAAGGACCACCCCGAUUACAAGUACCAGCCGCGCCGGCGGAAAAAUGGCAAGGCCUCCCAGGGCGAGGGUGAGGGCCAAGCCGAGGGAGAAGCUGGCGGGGCUGCAGCUAUCCAGGCCCACUAUAAGAAUGCCCACUUGGAUCACAGACAUCCUGGGGAAGGAUCCCCCAUGUCUGACGGGCACCCCGAGCACUCCUCAGGUCAAAGCCAUGGACCCCCCACUCCUCCAACAACUCCAAAGACAGAACUCCAGGCAGGCAAAGCUGACUCCAAGCGGGAAGGGCGCUCUCUUGGGGAAGGGGGCAAGCCUCACAUUGACUUUGGCAACGUGGAUAUUGGGGAGAUCAGCCAUGAAGUGAUGUCCAACAUGGAGACCUUCGAUGUCAAUGAAUUCGACCAGUACCUGCCACCCAAUGGACACGCUGGCCAUCCAGGCCAUGUUGGGGGCUAUGCGGCAGCAGCGGCCGCUGGCUACGGCCUCGGGAGUGCCCUGGCUGCAGCCAGUGGACACUCUGCCUGGAUCUCCAAGCAGCAUGGAGUCUCCUUGUCUGCUGGCAUGUCAUCGGUGGUGGACUCCAAGACACAGGUGAAAACGGAGGGUUCUGCCCCUGGAGGCCAUUACACUGACCAGCCCUCCACUUCCCAGAUAGCAUAUACGUCCCUGAGCCUGCCCCACUAUGGCUCGGCUUUCCCCUCCAUCUCCAGGCCCCAGUUUGACUACCCCGACCACCAGCCCUCAGGACCCUACUAUAGCCACUCCAGCCAAGCCUCUGGCCUCUACUCUGCCUUCUCGUAUAUGGGACCCUCGCAACGUCCCCUAUACACUGCCAUCUCUGACCCUGCACCCUCUGUGCCACAGUCCCACAGCCCCACACAUUGGGAACAGCCCGUGUAUACAACUCUCUCCAGACCGUAGGAAAAGGGGAACAGUGACCAAAGCAGCAACAGAAAGGCUCUGAAGCAUCAGAACAGGCAGGAGGGCCUCCGAACUCCGAGGUCAUUCAGUGUAAUCCAGCCAUCAGAACCUGAGUAUCCAGACAUGCCUAUCUUGACCCCGGUUAUCGCUGGCUCACCGCCUAGAGGAAGGUUUUACCCCUUUCCCCCCACCCCCAAUUCAAUGUAUGCCAACCCGAUUGGCUUGCAAAACCCUUUUGGCCUUCUAGAUGAGGAUGAUUCUAGACAUGGAGUGACUGGUCAUGGUGGGUUUCGUUGUGCACACCCUGGACUGUAAGAUAAGAGAUACCCCCAUCCUUAACCACCCCCCAACUGCUUCAGUGAUUUAGCAAGUGUUUCGGAUAGGCCACAAUGGCCAACUCUUUGUCACCUGUUGUGGGUGAAAAGCAGCUGGCUGGGCACCCUGGUGGACAUGUUGUGGGAGGAGAGGUAGGGCUGUAAAGUCAACUUCCUUGUGAUCAGUGCUCUGCAACGUUCCCAUCUAAAAUUCACACAUGCAUGACUCUUGAUCCCUGUUGGAAGACCAACCUAAGCUUGCUUUCCUAUUGACUUCCACAUCCGCAUCUAUCCUCCCCUCAACCCACCCUCUCUUUACUGUACUGUACCGCAUUGUACUGGACUCAGGAACCGUAUCGCUGGUUCUAGCCUUGUUUGUGUCACAACAUACAUGUGAGGGCCAGGGUGUGUGUGUGAGGCCUCUUAGACUGUUAAGGCAACAGGGACGGAAUCUUCCUUUCUUACGAUUAUUUUGUAUUUUGUUUGCUUCAAACAUUUCCUGGUCCCUUCUAAAUCCUUCCAUUCACCCUCUAAUAUUCCAAAAGAUACACUGCCAAGGCAGUGUUUGUCCUUCUGGCACGUGUGUGGGUGUGCAUGCAUGGGAUGUGAGGGAAGAGUAGCUGAAGAUAUUGCGGCAACCAGAAGCAUCAGCAUGAAUCCCACUUGCCCAAACACAGUUUGCGAAAAUAAUCACCUUAAAGCUGCAAGGUUGGGACCCCAAGCAGAGCUGAACUAAAGAACACAUCCCCUCCCUGCCUGUUCAUUGCUUGUUCCAUUUGCCAACACCUUAGGCCUACCCUCAUAAAGAAGGGGAAGAUAUUGUUGUGGCACCAAUUGGGGGGAAAGCUCUCAGUGUUGGUGGAUAAGCAUAAAGACAAUUAGUCCACGUAAAAAGAAAAUGAACUCGCCUUCCCUUUUGGGUUUCAAACUGGAAGCAACCAUCUUCAGUGGUCAGACUGGUUCCCCUCCUUCUUGUCUUCAUCUUCCCCCCCUUGCUCUCGUGGGUGGUCUGCUUGCCCGUCCCACAUCUUCAGGACUAGCAGGGCUUCACAGUGCCAGAGAGAAUGCUGACAUGAAGGAUGUCAUAACUCAAGGUGGGAGAAGAUGAUGCCCUCCCAUUGACCACCAAAACACACGAUGGAACCCCCAGCUGAUAUGCAGAUCUGGGAAGAUGAGACAGAUUGACCAAGCAGAACUUGUGAUCCUCACUACCAUUUUUCUCCUUCGACUGAGACCGCUGAGGAUGAUCUUUAUACACCUUUCUCUCCACCCUUAGCUUUGGCUGACUCCUCCUCUGUCGUGUUUGAAAAGAGCAUGUAGUACGUUUGCUCCCCUGUAUGCAUGUAACCCAUCGCUGUCCCCCCCCCUUAUUUAUUCCAUUACACCUUCCCCUCCCACCAAGCCCCUCUCCCUGUCUCCAGAAUAUGCUGUCCUAGCACCAUUAACUCUGCAUUAAAUGUAUGGAAUAAUAAACUUAAAGGUUUCA